UUUUCCGGUAAUUUAAUUUGGAUAUUUUGUUCCUAAUAGCGAGAACCAACGGAGUCUAAUCUCUAUGACAAAAAAAGCGAGAAGCCUUCAUACUGCUGAAAAUUCGAGAGAGAGAGAGAGAGAUGAAAAUUGCCUGAAAAUUGAAAAGGUCGUGGGUUUUGUAUCUAUGAAUGGAUCAAGUAUUCAGCAAGGCGGGUUCAUUUUGGCUUAAACAAAAAGCCAGCAAUGAGUUUGGCACUGUCGGCAAUGAUGUCAAUUCAUUGUCAACGAGCAUCGAAGGAGGCACGAAGUGGUUGGUUAACAAGAUCAAAGGAAAGAUCCAAAAACCAUUAGCGGAGCUCCUAAAGGAGUACGAUCUGGCAAUCGGCAUAUUCCCUCGCGAUGCGACCAACUACGAUUUCGAUGAGGAGACGAAGAAGCUAACGGUGCACAUUCCAAAAGUGUGUGAAGUGGGCUACAAGGAUCAAUCCGUGUUGCGUUUCGCGACGGAGGUGAGUGGUUUUUUGGAGAAAGGGAAGCUGUCGGAGAUAGUUGGGAUGAAGACAAAGGUGAUUGUUUGGAUGAAGGUGAGUUGCAUCACCUCCGACGAAAAGAAGCUCCAUUUCCAAGCUGGUGUGAGAAGAUCUAGAAGUAGAGAUGUUUAUGAAGUUGAAAGAGAUGGCAUAGUUGUAGGAAAGUUCUAGCUAUUUUCAAGAAUUGCACCCCUCUUCAAACUAGGAAAUUUAGAGAAUAGAAUAGCCUCAAAUCUUUUUUUGUACUGAAUGGUGUUGGUAUAGGGGAUACAUAUUGUAUAUUAUGUUCACUUCAUUGAGUAGAAUGCUUAUAGAAGAAUGAGUUGUUGUC